AAAUUACGAGUACGAAUAAAAGAAAUUGUGCAUGCUGGGUCGAAGCCGGGUACAAGUAAAGGUGAAACUGUGAAAGAUGUUGAUAAACAAACUGACUGUUUUCAGGCCGGUUUUUGGAGCAAUAAGAGCGAUGACAGCAUCAUCAAAUGAUGGCAGCAACAACAUUUUGAUACAAAAAUGUGAAAGAAUUAUGAGAAUUACUAUAAAUCGACCAGAGAAGAGAAAUGCUGUUAAUCCUGAAACUGCUACAGAAUUGUUUCAGGCUUUCAAAAACUUUGAGGAAGACGAAGAUUCCCUGGUAGCAAUUUUACAUGGAACAGGUGGCAAUUUCUGUGCAGGAUAUGACUUGACAUCUCUAGCAAAUACUGAAACAGUGCCAUCAUUUGAAGAACCAUUAGUUAAUAGUCAGGGUCCAAUGGGACCAUCAAGGAUGUGUUUUAGCAAGCCAGUUAUUGCAUGUAUUGAAGGUUAUGCUGUAGCGGGUGGCCUUGAACUUGCCUUAAUGUGUGACCUUCGUGUUGUGGACGAGUCAGCAGUACUAGGGGUAUUCUGUAGACGGUUUGGUGUACCGUUGUUGGAUGGUGGUACUGUGAGAUUACAGAAGUUAAUUGGUCUCUCUAGAGCUAUGGAUCUUAUAUUGACAGGUAGAAGUGUGUCUGCACAGGAGGCAGGUGAAAUGGGUCUAGCCAAUGUGGUAGCAAAGACUGGAUCAGGUUUAUCAGUGGCAAUGAAUUUAGCAGGUUCAUUGUUGAAGUAUCCUCAGCGCUGCAUGAAUGCAGAUAGACAAUCAGCAUAUUAUGCUGCCUACAACGCAAGUUCACAACAAGAUGCUCUAAAAUAUGAAUUUGAAAAUGGAGUAAAAGUGCUUGCUGAAGAAUCUAUACCAGGUGCCAAAAGGUUCACAGAAGGGAUAGGAAAACACGGGUCUUUCAAAUUGUAUAAACCAACUAAACCUAAGUUGUGAUAUCAAGUAUAAUAAGAUAUCUAAGCUUAUUUUUAAAAUGUCAUGCUUUUAAUGUUCAAAUAAAAUUAAUAAAUUUUAU